CCUCCUUUGCAAUCAGCCUGCGGAGUUGCAGCUCAUUCUUAAAACAGUUCAAAAGAUGCAGAAAGGUGGAAAAUACCCCAGCAAUGAAGAUGGAAGAGUCUAUUUUUUCUUUCCAAAAAUGGGAUACCCCUCUGGGAACUUUCAUGAGAUAAUCACAAAACAUGUUAAUGCACUGCUGAACACAAAGGGAGGUGUAUUGGUGUUUGGAGUUGAUCCUGUCUCUGGCAAAAUUUUGGGAUGUCCUGUUAACAGAGCUCAGGAGGACCUUUUCAGAUUGGAAUUUGACAAAGAGGUCAGAAACAUGAGACCAACAGUGUCUCCAAGUCUUUGCAGGUUCAUACUCACAAGGUUAGAAAAUUCCCCUCUGUUUGUGCUAGAAGUUAAAAUCAGAGCAGCACCAAUUGGAGAAAUGUACAUGAACUCAUAUGAGCAGGUUUAUGUUAUCAGACAAAGAAAAUUGUUUGGUCCUCUAAGACCUCAAGAGAUUAAAGACCUGGUGAUUGCCAAAUACAGAGAGGAAAUAUCCUCCACAGUUAAUCUCCUCACACCUGUCAAAGAAUCCCAAGAACAACAAGUCAAGUAGUUUGGGAACUUAAGCAGAAAAGAACAUGUUCAGUUUAAUGCACAUUGCUGGAAAGGUUUCUGUCAGUCCUUCUUUUAAUAUUAGGGACGUCAGGCAGUCAGGAGAGCGACACAGAGGAAGUCAUUGAUCGGAAGAAAAGGAAUUCAUAUCUUUUGUUAGAAUUUCUGGAUGGGUUUUUCCUCUAUAAAGGUUCACACCUCAACUUUUGAAUAAUGUUAGAACGCAAUUUUGAGUUCCACAUGGAAACUUUAAUAAUUUGCCGUUGGGGUUCCCAUUCUCUCACCAUGCAAAUUUUGAUUAUUUCACAAUGUUGUUUCAUAGAGAACGGCUAAGAAAUGUGCAGUUUUAAAAUACAUGGCUGAGCUAUUUUUCUGCAUUUUAGAUCUAUUGUUUUGCCAUGUCCUAGUUGCCAUCAUUGUCCACUUAAGGUUUCUCUCACCUCCUUGUGAACAGCAGCAAAAAAAGUUUGGUUCUUGCAAAAUUAAACCCAGGUAAAAGACCAGUAGCCAAAAUACAAAGUAAUGGUCCUUAAUCAUACUUUACAUGCACCCCCUUGAGUAUUUUCCACCACUUUUUUUUUUUGGUGUUUUGUCAUGUGGGAACAUUUGAUCUGGGUGUUGUAAGAGUCUUUGUUCAUUAAAAAAUCUCAUUCUGCAUCUUAACAGCAAGACUUGAGGGUGAAACAAACUUUUCUGAUAAAAACAAUCAUGAGGGCUAGUAUCACUAGGUUUCUGUUAAUGUGACUUCAGACCCGAUUGGAUACUUCUUCUGA